AUGAUCAGCAUAGGCGGGCGGAACGGGUUGCGGCCCACGGUGGGGCUAAUGUUGGUCGUCUUCGUCGGGGUGGCCAUCGCUGGUCAGGCACCCGAUGCGCCCGAUGUGAAAGUGGAAAACGCAGCUUCGAUUGACUCGUCGGCCCUACUCGAGGCGGCCCUCUGUGUCGUGAAGGCCAACCCGGGCCAGUGUGUGCGGCAACAGGCAGCCCGUGUGCUAAACAACUGGGAAGACAUUCUGAACGCCAAGAAGACGGAAAUGCUCGCCGAAGCCGAUAAGGAGGUGAUAGCGAAGCAGCAGAGCCGUGGACUCAGCGACGCCGAGAUCGGACGCGGCAAACCAUCGACCCUGAUGAGCCAGAUCGAGACGGGCCUGACCGCACUCUCGGAGUUCGUUUCGGACGGUGUGGACGAGUACGUGUCCGACAAGGAGCAAGCGAAGGAAGGCGAGGAAACAUCCAAGACGCACCUGCACCAUCUGCUGAAGCUAGGUAACGAGGACGGUGCCGUCCCGGCCCAGGCCGGUGGCCCCGUCGGUCGAGCGGACGCCGACGACGAGGACUACCGCGAUCAGCUCGCUGCUGUGGAGGAUGGUUUGGUGGAUUAUGCUGGCUUGGCGGGCGCCCCGGAUAAAGCACUUGGUAGAGGCAAGCAAGAGGGUGACCAACCGGAUUAUGGGUUUGGUAGUGGCGAACAUAGUGCUGGUUUCGGAGGUGGGUCUCGUAGCGCCAUUGGCGGCGGUAGGACGGCUACAGGCUACAGCGCGGUGCAACAGGAGCAGCAGCAGCAGCAGCAGGUGCAGGAGCAGCGGCAGGAUGUAGAAGCAAGCGGUGAGGUGGCCGAGGACAGUCCGGCCGCCUCCGUGCGCUUCAUUGACGAUGACGUCGGUGGACUGCGAAGACGACGCAAGCGCAAGGGCAAGAAGAAGAAGACCUUCAUGAAGCUGUUCAUCCUUGGUGCCGCCCUGAAGGCCAAGAUCGAGCUGCUGCUGAAGAUACUGUCCUUCAAGCUGCAGCUGAAGUUCUUUGCCGUCGCCCUCAUCGGACUGCUGAUCAACAUCGCUCGGUUCUGGAUCGAUUUCAAGAAGCAACCCUCCCCACAGAAGGUGAUCUACUACGAACACGCCCAACACCAGCACCAUUACGACGAUCAUGGCGACGGUGACUUUGGUGGGUACUGGAAGCGAUCGCUCCAUGGCAUUAGCGAGGACGAGCCUGUGUACCAGCACGGUGUUAAGGAUCGUGCCGAACGCUACGACGAACCGUACCUCUACCGGAACCCGAAGUACGCCCCAUCCGCUAACCACUAUGCGCCCCAGCUCGCAGACCCACACGCCAUAGCGUACCAGCAGCAGCGGCCAUAUUGA